AUGGCUAAAAUUAAGAGUCUUGAAUAUUUCCGCGUCAAGCCUCGAUGGCUGAUGGUCAAGAUCUGCGACGACACGGGAGAGUAUGGCUGGGGCGAAGCUACUCUAGAAGGACAUGACCUCGCUGUUGAGGGGGCAUUGGAUGAGAUGAUCGUUCGGUUGAUUGGACUAGAAGCAAACAACAUUGAACAUAUUUGGCAGAUGUUUUGGAGACAUGGUUUUUACCGUGGAGGUCCUGUCUUCAUGUCUGCCCUGUCCGGCAUUGAUAUUGCCUUGUGGGAUUUGAAAGGUCGUACGCUGAAGGUUCCUGUAUAUGAACUGCUGGGCGGCCAAGUCAGGAAUAAAGUCCAAGUUUAUGCCUGGAUAGGCGGAGAUAGACCAUCUGACGUUGAAGUAGCGGCCAAGGCUCGUAUCGCGCAGGGUUUGAAAUGUGUCAAGAUGAACGCGACAGAAGAUGUGAACUGGGUCGACUCGCCCAAGGUUCUCGAGUCGACUGUGGAGCGUCUCCGCGCAGUCAAGACACUCGGUCUCGAUGCUGGGCUGGAUUUCCACGGCAGGCUGCACAAGGCGAUGGCGAAACAACUGGCGAAAGCUCUAGAACCAUAUAAACCCCUCUUUAUCGAGGAGCCGCUACUCUGUGAGCACCCCGAAGCCGUCAGGCAGCUGUCAAGCCAGACCACUAUUCCGAUCGCUUUUGGAGAGCGGUUGUAUUCCCGCUGGGACGUGAAGCGCUUCCUAGAAGAUGGUUCAGUCGAUAUCCUGCAGCCAGACAUUGCCCACGCAGGGGGGAUUUCCGAAACCAAACGCAUUGCCAAUCUGGCUGAAGCGUACGACGUUGCGAUUGCGCCGCAUUGCCCCCUUGGCCCCGUCGCAUUUGCCGCGUCAUUGCACAUUGCUCUUUCCACUUCAAAUUUUGCUAUUUUGGAAAUGAGCUUGGGCAUGCAUUAUAACGUGGAGGCUGGCAAUAUCGACUUGCUCACCUACUUGAAAGACCAGAGCGUCUUCGAUAUCGCAGAUGGAUAUGUCAAAGCACCUACUGGGGUGGGGCUCGGCAUUGAGAUUAACGAAGAUAUGAUUAGAAAGGUUGCUAAGGAGACCGAUCCUUGGCAAUGCAAGGAGUUCUACGGGCCUGAUGGAUCUAUUAGGGAAUGGUAG